AUGGCGGACUGGGGCCCAGUGAUAGUGGCGGUGGUGCUGUUCGUGCUGCUGACUCCAGGCCUGCUGAUUCAGAUCCCUGGGAGGAACAGAGUGGUGGAGUUCGGCAACAUGCAGACCAGCGGCGCUUCCAUUUGUGUCCACGCCAUCAUCUACUUCGGCCUAAUAACCAUCUUCCUCAUCGCCAUCGGCGUCCACAUAUAUGCUGGUUAA